CAAGAUCUAGGGCCAUUAAUAUCCAGUACUAAUGUUUUGUUAAUCGAUCUUUGAAAUUCAUUGCGUAUCAUAGAGACCCUGCUUUGAUUCAUAAAUCAUCGUCGUGUUCAUCGUCGGACUCAUAUGAAACUCUAUAUCACUCAUCGGUAGUACUGCAGUAGCUCGAGAUAAUUCAAGGGAGUUGUUCGGAGGCAGUAUGGAUCGUCACUCUCCUCAAAAACCACACUGGCUAGUUAAGAGCAAAAAUCAGAAAGAGGAAGAAGGUGAAGCGCAGGCUGUGAUAAUUGGUGGUAUGGUGUUAGACAUACACGCCAUUCCUUCUAUUCCUCCAAACCCUAGAACCACCGCUCCUGGCAAGGUGCGCUAUGCAGCGGGAGGUGUAGCAAGGAACAUUGCCGAAUGUGUAUCAAAGCUUGGAACAAAGCCUUUCAUGAUAAGCGCAUUAGGAUCGGACAUUGCAGGAAAUAUGCUGUUAGAGUACUGGAAAUCUACAGGAUUAUCAACAGAAGGUAUUCGAAUGGGCAAUGAGAUAGAGACUCCAGUUGUAUCCAUUGUUUUUGAUACUGAAGGAGAAUCUGCAGCUGCUGUUGCAAGUGUUGAAUCUCUUGAACAAUUUCUUACACCCAAAUGGAUUCAACAAUUUAAAUCAAAUAUAUCAUCUGCUCCUAUUGUCAUGGUUGAUGCAAACUUAAGUCCAGUAGCUCUUGAAGCAUCUUGUCAAUUGGCAGCGGAGGUGGGUACCCCAGUGUGGUUUGAGCCUGUAUCUGUAGCCAAGUCAAGAAGAAUUGUUUCAGUUGCCAAGUAUAUAACCUUCACUUCACCGAAUGAAGAGGAAUUAAUUGCCAUGGCAAAUGCCCUAUCUCCCAAACACACCUUCUCCCCAAUUCAAAAAGAAGCCUCUGGAAUAACCUCUCUAUUCCAACAACUAAAACCAGCAAUCUCAAUUUUGUUAGAAAAUGGCAUCAAAGUAGUCAUUCUAACCCUUGGAUCAAAAGGCGUAUUAUUAUGUUCCAAAAAACACUUCAAUUUCCUUCAUUCUAUUGGCCCAAAAAGAAACAACAAUAACAAAAGGUUGCAAGAAACUAUAAAUCGAGUCUGCCCGGUGGGCCGGUUUUCCGGCGGUGGUGGUGGUGGUGUGGUCCAUUUUCCGGCGGUGUCAUUGGCGGCAGUUGUGAGGUUGACCGGAGCUGGGGAUUGUUUGGUGGGUGGUGUGGUGGCGUCUGUUUGUGGUGGUUUGGAUUUAAUGCAAAGUGUUGCAGUUGGAAUUGCAGCUGCUAAAGCUACUGUUGAAGUGGAGACCAAUGUGCCUCUUCAAUUUGAUUUGGACCAUAUUGCAGAGGAUGCAAGAUCGGUGUACUUGGGUGCAAAGGUUGUUUUUUCUCAGUCUAUGUUGUAA